AUGCUGGCAGGCAGUCCCAGCGCUACGGUGCCGCCCAGCAGUCCUAUCUCCGCCGUGCUGGGCACGUUUAACCCCAGCAGCGCCAACCACUCGACCUCGACCCAGGUCACGGCCGGGCCGAACGACUGCCGCACCGUCGCCUUCACGGUGGCCAAGGUCAACUAUCAGAGGCGCAAGGCCGGCACGACGGGCACUCAGGUGGUAUUUGACGACAUGGUCACGAACGUCGGGCACGGCUGGGACGCCGCCAGCUCGUCCUUCCGCUGCUCCUGCCCCGGGACGUACUUCUUCACAUUUCACGUGCUGUCUCCCGCCCAGGGAAGAGCCAGGGUGGACCUGAUGAGGAAUACGCGCCGCGUCAUCAGCGCCGAGGCCAAUUACGGGGGGUUCGACACCGGCUCCAACUCGGCGGUCGUUCAGUUGGUCGGCGGCGACGUCGUCUACCUCUGGCUGGCCGAGGGCUACCUCUAUGAGAACGACGCCCGCUUCCGUGGCUUCAACUCGCUGUCCGCGUACAAGAUCGGCUGAGAACAACUUCCGCCUCCGAGCAUAGCGGGAUGGGAUGCGGAGAUGGCGACCUCUGUUAGGUAGAGCCAUAUGUCACUGUUUCCUGCGCAAUGGGAUGUUUUUAGGACCUUGUCUCAUAAAACACACGCUGCGAUGCCAUUGGAGAGCACGAUAGUCAAGGAAGUGGACUGCACGACGAACAGCAAACAGCUGGCAGACCAACCGGGAAUUGGGAUGUUUAGUGCCAUCUGUGCUUGGCCGUGUAUUUAUCUUGCCGAAUACACCGCUAUUUGCUGA